GAGGCCCGGCUUCGGUCUGGUAGCGGGAAGUCAUCGUCUCGCACGGAGGGUUGUUCAGAGAUGGCACGGGCGAGGGGGGUGGGUGGCUGGGUGGGGGUGUGCCCCGGUCCGUAACGGGCACGUCACGGGUGGGCCUCGUGAAACACAAAACACGCGGAGCCGGGCGAGACGACGCCGAGUGGCGGAGUGGCGAACACUCGGGCCCCGAGAUGACGGGAGGAGCGAGGCUGGACGUGGGGCCGCCCAGGUGACGCGGCCCGAGCGGCCAUGCGGUGGUGGCUGCGGCUGUCGGCCCACGGGCCGGGCCCGGCCGCGGUGCGCGUCCUCGCCGCGGCUUUGCACGCCGCGUGCGGCACGGCGUGCGCCUUCUUCUCGCGCGUGCUCAUCACGCAGUACCGCUUCGUGUUCCCCACCUUCAUCGCCAUCCUGGAGACGCUGCUCCUGCACGGCGUGCUGGCGGCGCUCGGCGGGACGCGCCUCGUGCGCCUCGAGCCCCCCUCGUGGGGGGCGGCGGACGCCGUGGCGCUCCCCGCCGUGUGCCGCGGCUUCCACCACGUGACGUACCUGUGGACGCUGAGCGCCCUGGGGCCCCCCGCCAGCGUCCUGCUGCCCCGCCUGGCCCCCCUCGUCUGCCUCCUCCUGCUGCUGCUGCUACCGCUGCUAGGGGGGUGCGACGGCGGCGCGACGCGCGGGAGGUCGGGCCCGGCCCCCCACGAGCUCCUCAGUGCCCUGCUCGCCACGGCCGGCGCCCUGCUCUGCGGCCACGAGCGGCUGGCGCUGGAGUCGUGGGAGGCGUGGCUGCGGGCCCUGCCGGCGCUGCUGUCCCGCGGGCUCUUCCUGUGGCACGUCGAGCGGCUGUUUGUGGAGGCACCGCGCCCUGCCGUGCAGACCCUGUACCUGCUCAACUUGGGCAGCAUGCCCUUCCUGCUGGGCCUCCUGCUGCUCCACCCACAGGAGGCGCUGGGCGCUGCUCGCGGGGGCAGCUGGGACAGCCUCAUCUUCCUGGGCUUCCUGGCGCUCACGCUCACGCUCGGCUGCCUCUCGCAGUUCCUCACGCUGCUCUGCGUGCGCCUCAACUCCGGGCUGGGCACGGCGCUCCUCGACAACACCGCGGCCGGAGACUGGGCCGCUCUGCUGGCGCUGCCCGGCGCCGGCUCCGGCGUCGGCGCCGUCGCCGGGCGGACGGCGUGGCGGGGCAGGGCCCGGCUGGUGCUGGGCCUGUGCCUGGACGUGGCCGGGCUGGCCGUGUUCGCUCACCGCCUCCUCCGGGACUGCACGGCGCGUGCCGGCGCGUGCUUCGGCCAGAAGUGCGUCGGCUCGGCGGACGGCGGAGACGGCGACGGCGGCGACGGCGGCGUUGGGGUGCGCGCGGGGACCCCGGGAGCCGCCGUCCAGGACCCCCUCCGCAGAACCCCCGGUGGUGCGCAGGCCGUGGCGAGGGCUCCGCUCCAGUGGCUGCGGUGGUUGCGCGGUUGGGGGGGCAGGACCGGUGCCGGCGCGGUGCCGGUGGAUGAGCGCGCGGUCUGCGCGGUGCACGUGGAAUGAGUGCGGCGAGAGGGACGGCGACGCAGAGGAGGCCGGGUGGCUCGUAGGUCAGAGAGCUAGGGAUCGAUUACAGGUGUCAGCUGCCUGUGAUCAUGCCAGGUUCUCAAGCGCAAGGAGUUGAAGGGACUCAGCCCGGUCACCAAUGACUGCGCACGAAAAAAACCCAUCACGUUCAAUUUGAUUCUGCACUCAAUUUGGUUAAAUUCCACGUCUGAGAAUUAAAUGUAUCGCUUUGACCGUCAUGUGAUGAAAGUUACUUUCUCAUGGCCGAGCGGUUUGGAAAGUGCUGCCCUCUACUGCGCUAGAUCGGGGGUCACUUGAAGGAAGCUCAGAGGUAGCGCUGUGAUAUCCGCGUUGGCAGAGAUGAAACAAAAUAUAUCCACAAACGUAUUGGUCUCACGUUGCAACUGCACCGUUGAGGCUCUGUGAACUUGAAACUCUGCGGUAAUGACAAUUAGCUCAUGAGCCAGAUCAGAAGUUGGUACUAUCUAAGGUAUCACCGAUUUAUUUACAUGGCCAAUACGAGUGAAUUGCUCGAUAACCCAGCUCAUAUGAAGCGGUUAUCGCAUAAUUCACCAUUGUAGGUAACAUCAAUAAGUCGGGAUCACUAUGUUACCCCACCUCGGAUGGUACCGACACAGUGAAACAUCUCUUGUGGGCUUAUGGACGAGAUGGAGACUUGCAAGAGACAUUCAGGGAUGCUGUGAUAACCAAAACUCCCAUGCAACGAAUCUGGCUCUCGCACACGGCAUCCUGCUCGGGGCUGGGUUCCAGCCGGGUAUCUGACCGCUUCAGCAACCAGUCCACACGCCGUUUCCGCUCCGGUGUUACCAGCAAGCCGGACAACACGAAGUGAGGAAUUAAGCCCUCAUCCCUUUCCUGAUGCCCUCCAGAGGGCCUCUGUUGAACCCCCUCAGCCCCUUCCGCCAGCAGUGGCGCGGGCGAGCAAUUGCAGGGCUGCGCCUUUGCCUGUGUACCCGUCGACGUAGGGGGGUUCGAGCCGAGCCUUCCCCCUGCGUUGUUGGCCGAGCACUCCGCGAUGAGGGCCACUAGUGUGUUUUACACCCGGCGCGUGGCUGGGGUUGGUAGAUUACGCGAGGAGUGGGAGUUGCAUCACACCCGAUGCGACAUUUCCUGUUUUGCACUGCAGUUUUUUUCCUGUAAAUUAUGACAAUUAAAUGAAAAUAGAAACUGAUUUACAGUCAUUUGUCAAUCUACUGCUAGAUGAAGGCCAUACUUCCCCACGCUGGUUUAGUGCUGGCUCGGGGAGGAGGGGCAGGAGGCCCAGGACUGGUCAAGGCGACAUCUCUCUCUCUCGCCACUGGUGGUGUUAUCUGUGGUCACAAAUUCAACUCGGGUGGCCGGGUUUAUAGUGCAACGUUUGUUUUACAGGAGGCUAUAGCCCUCAUGCGUGGGCGUUCAGGGGUAAGGUGCGUCGGGAAUAAAGCCGCAGAGUCGUUGCU